AUGCUUUCGAAACGGAAAAAGACCGUUACAGGCAGUCUUGUCUUACAAAGGCAGCCGAAAAUCAAGCCUGCCAAAGCGCGCCAAAUCAUAAGGCGGUUUCACGUCCUGAUCAAUAAGCGAAGAAUUAUAUGCGGUGUUCUCAAGCUUGCUCUUACUGAAAAUGACGAGCAACGAAGUGCGUCAUUCAUUAACAAGGAACUCAAGGAAAAAGGGCUCGAAACUUACUACAAACAAGGCUGGAAUGCCCCUCAUCCGGAUUCUGAGCUAGAAAAAAAAAUGCUUCAGUCACAAAAAAUUCGAGAAGACAAGGAGCUGGCCCGAGCGCUUGGGUAUAUUAUGUGCGAAAUACAUGAGCGUGGUGGCCUGCAGAAUUAUCAGCUGGCGAGCACCAUUGGUCAGGAUAAAAACCGCGGUGGAGAUUCAUCCAAGACUCUGGUAGCAUGGUUUCGAGCGAUACGUGAGCCUGGUCGUCGCUACAGAGCUUUGGAAAUUGGAUCACUUAGUGCUAAGAAUGCGAUUUCCACGAGCGGCAUAUUCGAUCCCGUCGUGCGCAUAGAUCUGAACUCUAAUGACCCUGAACACAUACAGCGCCAGGACUUUAUGGACAUGUCCCUUCCCGAAAAGGAUUCUGAGCGAUUCGAUCUGAUCUCGUGUUCGUUAGUCCUAAACUUUGUUCCAACUCCAAAACUUCGAGGUGAGAUGCUCAAAAGGUUCAAAAGCUUUCUGCGGCGUGAAGUAAACUCUGCGUACAUUUUUCUUGUGCUCCCUCUACCUUGUAUAUUGAACUCGCGGUACAUGGACGAAGAAAGGCUGUUUGACAUCAUGUCAUAUUUGGGCUAUGAAAGGACGCAUUCCCACCAGUCUCACAAGAUCAUUUAUUUGUUGUUCAAGACGCGUUCAGAUGUUCACAAAGGGGUGCCGCUGGAAGCGGACUUCAACGAUAGAGGGAAGAGCAUACCAAUCGAGUAUGGUAAAAAAAAGUCCUCAAGGACAAAUCUGGUAUGA